UGGGAGCUCUUCUGUCAAAGCGACCGUUUGCUUAGGAUUGACAUUCAUAAAUGUUCACAACUGUUUUACAUUUGUUGUAUUUACAACAUGGGCACGCCAGCACGUUUAAUUCCAAACAUUUGCAGAUUUUGUCUAUGCAAGGAGCAAGACAAACUUUUCCCUUUUUCAAUUAUGAUCGAUGAUAUACUUACCGCCCAGGUUAUCGAACAUUUGUCUGGUAUACAGGAUUUAGUUAAUGAAGCUUCCCCGUACAUGGUGUGUGAAGAUUGCGAUGUAACGUUCAAUAAGUUUGUAACUUUUCGAGAUGUGUGCUCCAAGAAUGAUAUAAUCUUUUGGCAAAUCUGUAAAGGACUUAGCGGAGCUUCAACCCACAACGCAAGCAACGAGGACGGUUGUGACGAAGAUACAGAUGCGUAUGUGGAUAGCGCUGUAUACGUAAGCAGCGAAAAUGAUACAGAAAAUAACACAGAUACAACUAGUGAACUUUUGAAAAAGAAAAGAAGAGUACGAACCAGAGAUGAAGAUAGUAAGAGGCUUUGCGAUAUGUGCGGCAUUUUCGUAUCGGAGUUAAAUGCACAUAGACGCGUACAUACCAAGGAAACUCCUUACACCUGCUCUUACUGUGGCAUUAGUAUGGGACACAGUUCUAAUUUACUGCGCCAUAUAGAUUCCGUGCACCUGAAGCGAGUAAUUAAACGUUGCGAAGACUGUGACAAAGGUUUUACGAGCUAUUUUUCGUACGGCUCACACAUGCGAUCUCACCACUCUACCGGAAAGCAUUACGAAUGUAAAACCUGUCACAAGAAAUUUAAUCACAACAGCAGCUUGUGGCUGCAUAAAAUACGCGUGCACUCUGACGAAAGAAAAUACGAAUGCACUGUCUGUGGUCUAUUGUGGAACACAAAGGAAUCACUAAAAACUCACGAAAGGUCACAUUCGGCAGAACAACCGUACGCUUGCAAGCAUUGCCCAAAGCGCUUUAAAACUCGAUACGGAUGGAAAUCGCACCAAUUGACGCACACCGGUGUUGUAUUUAGUUGCCAGUUCUGUGACAAAACCUAUCGGUACAAAACCCUCAUAAAUGCACAUGUUCGUAACGCUCACCCGAAAGAAAAAUCAACCUAGCUAAUAGAAAUAAGUAGAAAAAUGUUUUACAUGAAAUGCGUAUGUUUUUUUUAUACGUAGCAGUGCUGUGAAGUAGUAAAAUGAACUAUUAAAGAUGUUGGAUAUGAACUAUACA